AUAUACACACAUAGCAGUGCAGUCUCUGUGUGAAAGCACGUUUUGUUAAGAGCCAUGGUAAAGGAAUUCAACACCCAAACAGAACUUAGUGUGAGAUUGGAAGCCCUUUGGGCAGUGCUAUCUAAGGAUUUCAUAACAGUGGUUCCAAAGGUACUUCCUCAUAUUGUGAAAGAUGUGCAAGUGAUUGAAGGUGAUGGAGGGGUUGGAACAAUCCUCAUCUUUAAUUUUUUUCCUGACGUGUCACCAAGCUACCAAAGGGAGGAGAUCACAGAGUUUGAUGAGAGUUCACAUGAAAUAGGUUUGCAAGUGAUUGAAGGAGGUUAUCUAAGUCAAGGGUUGUCAUAUUACAAGACAACUUUUAAACUAUCUGCAGUUGAAGAGGAUAAGACUUUGGUCAACGUGAAAAUCUCUUACGACCAUGAAUCCGACAUAGAAGAAAAGGUCACACCUACGAAGACAUCACAGUCCACUUUAUUCUAUCUUAGACGUCUAGAAAAAUACCUGUCGAAUGGCUCUGCUUGAAGAAAAAACAUUUAUUGAAAUAUUAUAUAGAAAAAUAGAAAGAAUGAUCAGAUGUUGUUUUUACUAUUUUUCUAUUAUACUUAUGAAUACAUAAGUAAAAGGAGACAUGAAAAUACACUCUAUUUUCUAAAGCCAAACAUCUCCUAGUAUUGUAAUAUAUGUGGGUUAGAGUAGUUGCAUCAUUUUGGUUUUGAAUAAUGUUUUACUAUUUUCAGUCGAGUAAGAAAAACAAUGUUAAUUGGUCUUUGUAACAUAAUUUGAGAGCUCUUUGUUACGAUCGAA